GCCUCCCUGCUGGAAUACAAGUCUUUCCUGUCCUGUAGAAUGAAAGUCUGCUGGUCUCCAUGGCAACACAGGCCACACCUCCAGGAUAUACAUCACACUGCUCUGAUCCAAAGGACAAACAAGUCUUCCUCGUUUGUGGGACUGAAUGCUGCAGUGGGGGAUCUGAUUACAGUGGGUGACGCUACAUUCAUCCUCCAAAUCCCUAUUAGAGGUCACCCAUCUAUUGGUAAAAAGUCUAAAUCCGAUAAUCUGUCUCUAAGGAUGGCUAAUAAGUGGCUUCAAAUAACGGAGCGGAUUGUGAACCUCACUCUGGAGAUCAUUUUUCUGUUGCCUGGAGAGCAUUUGGCAGUUUUCAAGCACUGUCAUGAGCCUGAGAGACCCAAACGCCACCAUUCCUAUGUGUCAGAGGGUUUUAGUAGGACUCAGAAUUCCAUCGCGGUGCCUCUACCUCACUCAAUAAUACAUGAUAGAGGCAAUGAGCAGAAGAUCCUGGAACUUGCCAACAAAAUCAUUCAGCUGCUGACUGGAGAGGUUCCUUUAAGGUGUCAGGACGUCACUAUCUAUUUCUCCACGGAGGAGUGGGAGUAUUUAGAAGGACACGAGGAUCUGUACAAGGACGUGAUGAUGGAGAAUUGCCAAAACCCUAGCUCUUUGAAGAUGGAUGAGGAGAGGAGUUUCGUGACCGAGAGUGUAUUAAAUCUCACAAUGGAUCUGUUCAGACAGUUAACUGGAGAGACUUAUUCUACAGAAAAUAAUGCUGGUGAGCAGUCAAAAUGCUCAAGCCACACCUGUGUACCAGGGGGAUUAAACGGGAACGAGAGCCCCAUCACGGUGCCUCCACCUCACUCCCUGAUACAUGAGCAACACAGUAACCAGAAGAUCCUGGAACUCACCAACAAGAUCAUUCAGCUGCUGACUGGAGAGGUUCCUAUAAGGUGUCAGGAUGUCACUGUCUAUUUCUCCAUGGAGGAGUGGGAGUAUAUAGAAGGGCACAAGGAUCUGUAUGAGGACUUGAUUAAGAAGAAUUGCAGGACCCCCACGCCAUCAGAUUUACCUAACAAUGUAGCAGCGAAAUUUCCCACUACACGAAGAAGAUCCCCCGCGGGCACCGGACCAUUCAUUUGCUCAGAUUGUGGAAAGUGUUUCAAAGAUAACGCAAAGCUUCGUAAACACCAAACAAUCCACAGAGAAGAUAAACAGCUUUCAUGCCCCAGCUGUGGGAAAUGUUUCCUUUAUAAUGCACAACUUGUCACACACCAGCUAAGUCACACAGAGGAGAGGCCCUUCACUUGCUCCGAAUGUGGGAAAUGUUUCAAACAUACAAGAAACCUCAUUAAACACCAGAUGAUUCACGUGGAAGAGAAGCCAUAUAAGUGCUCUGUAUGUGAGAAGCGGUUUGCCAGUCUACAAGCACGUCUCCGACACCAGAAGAUUCACACAGCAGAGACGUCAUACUCUUGCUCUGAAUGUGGGAAAUGCUUCAGCACCAAUGCCCAUCUUAUUAGACACCAGAGAACCCACACCGGAGAGAGACCGUACCCGUGCGCUGAAUGUGGGAAACAGUUUGUCAAUAAAUCCCAUCUUGUCAGACACCAUAAAACCCAUGUAGAGGAGAAACCGUAUUCAUGCAGUGAAUGUGGGAAAGGCUUUAUCAGCAAUUGGAACCUAGCAAUACAUCAGAAAACCCACAGGGGGGAGAGGAACUAUCAGUGCACGGAAUGCGAAAAAGGCUUUUUCACUAAAGAAAGUCUUGUUGGUCAUCAGAGAUCUCACACUGGAGAAAAACCCUUUUGUUGCGUAGAAUGUGGAAAAAGUUUUAAUAAUAAAUCCUACCUCGCUGCGCAUAUGAGACUUCACAGAGGGACGGUUUUUACUUGCCCAGAAUGUGAGAAAACCUUCCUCCAAAAAUCAGAUCUUAGCACGCAUAUGAGACAUCACACGGGAGAGAAGCCCUAUUCUUGCUCAGAGUGCGGGGAUUAUUUUAUCAGCAAAUCACUUCUUGCUAAACACGUGAAGAUCCAUGUAGAGUAGAUAGAUGCACCGGGUAGGGGAAAUGUUUUGUUUUUAAAAUUGAGGUUGUUCAACAGCAGAAAUUCCACAACAGCUACAACCCAUUUUUCGAAGCUGAGUGUGGGGAAUAUUUUAGCCACGAUUCAUCCCUGCUCCAGCAGCAGAUCAAUAAGUAACCUAUCCCUGCUUCUUUUAUGGAUCUUUCUCCACCCAUAAUAUUUGCUCAGUAGAGAAAAUAAUUAGCGCACUGACUGUAUGUAUUUUUGUGUAAGGAAAGAUUGAGUCUUCUCCUGGACAAUCCCUCAGGUAGAAUUAUUUUCAACAGUAUAUAUUUUGCAGAACUGGCUCUCCCAUUAGACAUGGAGUACUGUAACCCAGUUUUAGCUGUGGUGGGGUGUGUGGUGGGAUGGGUUAUUUUGUUUUUAAAAACUGUUCGUGGACAAACCAGUUUCUGGGGUGAAGGGGGGUGUCUGCUACCAAUUUGGUUUUCCAAUUUUAACUUUAUUUUAUUGUGCUUGGAAUUUGGGCAUUUAACAUUUUAAAUAUUGGUUUAUUUCCACCACAGAUGCUUUUGUUUAUUUUGGUUCAACAAUAAAAAAAGAAUAAUUGUA